CCCCAGACUGUGAGGGUGGCCAGGUACUCUUCUCGCCCAUCCAUCUGUAUAAAAUUUCAGGUUCUGACUUUUCCGCGCCUCUUUUCCCUAUCGCAACAACAUCUUUGCCUGCCUGUCUUGCCCCAUCAAACCCGAGGCAUCGAACAUCGUCUGCUACUACCCAUCAAGCUUUCAUGCUUGAUAAAGCGUCAGCAUGUAUGCAAUAUCCUGGACGGCCUGGUUGUGGUCUCUUCUGGCUUGUGUCUGGACCAUCCUCGGAGCUGCCACCGUCGCCGCGAGCGACCAUUCGGGCAUCGUGGAAGUUGACCUCAUCUUCCCCCGCAACGAUACAUACGCGCCCACGCCGGUUUUGCCCAUCAUCUUCGGUUUCCGAAACUCGCCGUUGGCGCCGGGUCUCGCUCCCAAAAUCGGAUUCUCGAUAUGGAACUACAAUAAUAAGAGCGAUUCAGUUUAAGACCACGGAGUACGACGUGAGAUUUGCCAACUUCUCCAGCAGCGACCCAUACUAUGAAUACCGCGGAUUCGUCAUGUUUAAUGUUGAGGGGACCUGGCAGAUCAGAUACACCGUGGAAUGGUUCAGCUGCACGGAGGAUUCAUUCAAGUACCCAUACAAAAUCCCCAGCAAUAACACGUCCAAUGCCAUCAUCUUCACCACCAAGAACUCCGGGCAAAGUGUGGAUCUUGUGGCCGCUACAAAUGGGCAGAAUUGUUCGUCCCAUGGGGGGGUCGCUAUCAACGUGACUGAUACUCUUAACUCCACCGGAAUUUCAAAGUGGCCAGGCGGCGGUACGUGUGCUGUGGCGGUAUCAUCAACGGUCACGCCGGACCCUUGCCAGAUCAAGGUCAGCGAGGCCGAGGCGUCAAGCAUCUCCGCCUCUGUAACUGCUCGGGCAUGCGAGGCUCAGAAUCCACCAAUCGAGUGUCCUUCGGGAAACGAUGGUGACGAAAAUGAUGCUGGUCAUGGGUUGGUUGUUGGAGGAUUGGUGUGUUUGGCUGCCGCAUUGGGUGCGAUCUUUCAUAUUUUGAUAUAAGGAAGGGUUGGAUUGUAUUUGCAACCUAUACCAAAAUGACUGAAAAUGGAAGCUUUUGUGAGAAUUGAAGCCUCAUAGAUGUUACGUACAAGGCAUCCAAGAUCAGGCUGAACAAAAAUCUCCUGCGUCGUCCUCUCGUGCCUCCUGCAUGUAGUUCGGAGGUGACCGUACCUGAAGGAUCUAACUUAGAUUACUACUGCGGCCAAUAGCAGGAGGGUUUUAGCCAAGCCACUGCCGGCCUUUGCUCUCUGAUCAAACAGAUGCGCAAGUACGUUGAUCACGGCACGGCGAGAUAGACGGACCCUUCACCAUGUUUGGUCAGUCUGGCAAAGAGCCGACGCCUAGAUUGUCGAGAUCACGAGCGACAAACGCCGUACCGGCCGCGUGGUGACGAGUUGCCUCGAUGCCAGCAGUAACAGCGAUGUGCUCGUCUACGAUGACGGCGAGU